AUGGAUGAAGUAAAAGAUCCAGAUUAGUGGAUUUAAAUUGACGAGAGCAACUUUUCAGACAUAGAUUUAAGCUAAGAGUCUGAUAGUUAAGAAAAUUAAUAAGCAAAUGUAGAUUCAUAGAAUAUCAAUUAUAAUGAACAAAAUUUGAAUGAAGAUAAAUAUAUAGAUUUAGGUUAUUAGUUAAAUAAUCGUGAUGAAAAUAACAAAGUGGGAGAGGCACACGAAUAAUAUAUACAAGGAAGCUUUGGCUACUAAGAAAAUAAUUAUAAUAAUUAAAAUUUUAAUCCAUUUUUAUCGCCGUCUUAUGUGGAAGAUGAAAAUGUUUAAAUAAAAAAUUAUUAGCCUCAAAGCUCGAGGAUAAAUCAGAAUUUAGAGCAUUCUGUUUUUGAAUAAACAAGUUAUAACCAACUGGAGUAAUCUUAGCUUCAAUCGUCUUUUCUAAAUACAUCGAUUUUGUAACUUUAAUAAAAGUAAGUCAAUUAUCUUGAUAGCUCUUUGUUACCUGAUUUCAUGUCAAAGAGUCAUAUAGAUAAAUUGAAUCGAGGAAAUUUCAUAAUUAGUAUUUAAAAAAAGAAAACAGUUUAUUAAAUUAAUAUAUCCUCUUUUUAAAAAAUACAAAAUCAAUAUACGUCGUAUGUAGUUUACAUCAUUAAUUCAAGCUGGAGUGAUAGUAGCUAAGAAAUUAAGCACACUGUAAAGAGAAGGUUUAACGAGUUUAAAAAUCUUAAUUAAUAUGUUUCUAAAAAAUUUAUGGGUAAUGUUCAACCCUCUUUUCCUCUCCCUACAAUUUAAGAAACCAUCUUGCCAGUUAUUAAAUUAAUCAAAGAUGAGCAAAACUAUUUAGAAGAUCGCCAAAAAAAAUUGGAAACUUAUCUUAAAAAGCUUGCAUAAUGUGAUUUUAUUUUAGAUAAUGAAGUUUUUGAAAAGUUCUUGAGCAGUCAAGAUGAGUUUAACGAAAUAUAUGAUGAAAAAAAGGAAUAACCUACACUAACUUAAUAAUAUCUAACUACAUUUUAAGAAAUGUAUCGUAAUAUUAAAAGCUUAAUAUACUAAUAAGAGAUUCCUUAUUUAUCUAUUGAAGAUUAAGAUUAACAAGAUUAAUUGAGAAAUCAAAUAAAAUAAAUUUAAGAAACAAAAAAUAUAUUGAUUGUAUUAAUAAAUGAGAUAUAAAAAACUCCUUAUGAAGAACUUGAAUAGUAUUUAAAAAAUGGAGAAAAUGCUGCAGAAAUUGAAAUUACACAAUUAGACUAACAAAAUAUGAAUUUUUAGUAAAAUUUCUUAUCUGAAUUUUACAAAAAGUAUUCAAUAUAAAGUGAAAAAAGAAUUACUAAUUAGUUAUCAUAGUUUUUAGAAGAAAUAAUUGAUUAAUUUAAUGAUGCAGAGAAGUCGUAUGAAAAUUUUAUGACAGAAAGAAACAAUUUGAUUCAAUAAUUGUCAAAAGAAAAAGAAAAAGAAAAAGUAAAUGUAUAAAAUGAUGAAAACACCUAACCAAAUUAAUAAGAUGCUUAAAUUAACGAAAUUAAAUACUUAAUGGAGAACACUCAUAUAAAAGUGAUUAAGGCUCAUGAUAAUAACGAAGUUUAAUAAGAUAACUCUGAUAACGAUAAUGAGUAAAUGUAAUAAGGAAAUCAAAUUCUAACUACAAAAUGUAAUCUUUAAAGUGCUGGGAAGAAUCUAAUUUAAGAAUUUUCUAUACUUUUAACAAUAAAAUACCCAUCUAAAUUUUCUCAAUUUAAUGAUAAAGUGAGAUUUUGCUAUCUAAAUCAUUAUAAAUAAGAAAUAUAAUUGUAUGAAGAAGUGCUGAACCCUCUACUCUUUUGA